AGCACAGCGACAGCGUUUCCAGUGUAAACAUGCUAAUCACGAUGCCUGGCCUGGUUAAUCAAAUUGAAGUGUAAAAUAGCUCUUGAAAUGGGUUAUAUACAGACAUGAUAUGAAAUUUGUUGGAGAGAGAAGAAGGAUGUUAGUUUGUUAAAGAUGUUUAAAGGGCCACGAGAUUUAAACCAAUUGGACCUGACCAAAUUUUCAGGACACAAAGACGAGGUGAACUGUGUCGCCUUCUCAUCAGAUUUUCAGUUCGUGGUAACGGGUAGUGAUGACCAACGUGUUCGAGUCUUCAACUCUAAAACGGGGGAGAUGGUGUGUAAGCUCAAGGGACAUACAGGUGCAAUAAAAAGUGUGGCAGUCAGCCCAGACAGUAAAUAUUUUGCCAGUGGAUCCUACGACAAAACUAUCCGGUUAUGGCGGACCAGGGAUGCUGAACUAGUGCAUGAAUUGUUAGGUCACUCUAAGAGUGUGGAGAUUGUAGUGUUUUCUUCUGAGGGUGAAUAUGAGACUGAUGUUGUUAAUGUAGGUCACUCUAAGAGUGUGGAGAUUGUAGUGUUUUCUUCUGAGGGUGAAUAUCUGGCCUCCGGAUCCUGGGACCGCACAGCUAUACUCUGGGACAAAGAGAGAGGUGUUCCCGUCAGGAUAUUUGUUGGACAUGAAGGAUUGGUGCAGUCGGUGGCAUUUUCUCCAGAUGGGCGAUGGCUGGCCACUGGGUCCUGGGACUUCACGGUCCGGUUGUGGACACUGAAUAGCCCUGACGGCGUGGACAAAGUGACGGUACUGGAGGGACAUAAAGGCAAUAUUCACGCCGUCGUCUUCUCCAAAGACGGAAUGCUGGCGUCGGGUUCCUGGGAUAAGACGGUCCGCCUUUGGAAUCCUCGGACUGGUCAUGCUCUCCACGUCCUGAAGGGUCAUGAAGGCUGGGUCCAAGCUCUCGCUUUCUCCCCGGAUGGAAUUUACGUGGCUAGUGCUGGUGACGAUGAAUCUGUCAGGGUGUGGGACGUGGCAGAAGGCACCUGCAUUAAUGUGCUAGAGGGAAGGACAGACGUUGCGCAACACUGUGCUUUUACACCAGGUGGCGCCCUCAUUGCAUCCGGAGCAUGGGGGACAACCCUGACUCUCACGUGAACAUUUGAUAGUUUAUUUGACUUAAUGAGGACACUCCGAUCGUUACACAGAUUCUAGUUGUUUUAUGUAUCAUUUAUAUUGUCAAAGUAUUAGAAUAUGCAUUUUUUGAUUAAAAAUGUGAAAGUUGUUAUCAAA